CUCCUUGGCAUUUACCAAGAGUAAUGCGCCCUCUGGGCGGUAAUCGGCCUGUCAGGCAGGUGAACCCAAGGCCCUUGCUUUUUCCUCCUGUGCUCCCUUUCCUGGUGCUCCCGCACGAGCGUCUUGUGUUCCUUGAGAACGACACUGAGACCUAUUUCCAUGUUAGAACCAUCCAUUCGCAGCACCAACAAGGCAGGGCAAACUCACUAGUAGAAGGCGACUCCUUCAAAAACAUCCUCCCCCUGGCCCGAUAAUCCGGGUUCUUGGCCCUCACGGGGCCCUUGUUGACCCACGCCUCGGCAACAUACAUCUUUGACCGAUCCCCCACCGUCAUCCACUUGCCGUCCUUUCUCUGAAUCUCCAUCUUGCCCUCCUGUCCCUGUCCCAGACCCAUCCCCCUCUCGGCAAUGGCCAAAUCGCGCGCCAUCUUGAGCUGGGUGGUCACCUCGGCAGCCAUCUUCUUCUUGGAAAAUUUCAUCUGCACCAGCGCAUCCUCCACGUUCUUCCCCUGGAUCUGCCUGGCCAGGUGGACAAGCUUCUUGACAGAGGUGGGCAGCCAAGGGGACUUGGAAUGGAGGCUGCGCUCCGUCCUCGCGAUGCGGGCGAGCCGCGGCUCGAGGCUGUAGGCGUCGGUGCCGUUUUUCACCUGGCGGAUGGCGAUCUUGCGUUCCCAGCGGACGCGGGCUUGCGGGUCCGGGUCGACGCUGCGGGAGAGGGCUUCUUUUACCAGGGAGCCGCCUAGGCGGGUGAAGGUCUUUGGCUGGGCGGCUUUUUGGCUGGCGGUGAGGGGCCCGCUGGUGGCGGAGGAUUUCUGGUCGCCUGAGAGGACGGCGGCUUCCUUUUCGGUGACGGCUUGCUGUUGGGGGGCGACUUCGUCUUCGAAGAUGGCGGGGGCUUCGGAGCGGGAUUGGAGUUUGGAGAUGAGGGACUUGCGGGCUUCGGCGGUGCCGGUGGUGAUGGCGUCUUUGAGGUUGGUGGGGGAAGAGGGUUCCUUUUUGGACCAGAACCAGGGGCGGGAGGGGGAUGUUGAGAGGGAGCGGGAGGGCUGUUGGAGGGCGAGGGUGGUGGUCGUGGGGGAGGUGGCUGUUGGUUUGUUAGUCAACCAGAGGAGGAACGGGACGGGGGAAGGGAGGACGGACCUCCCCGGACGAGCCGCCGCGUUGGCAUGCUGAGGCUCAUGGCGGCGAUGGGGUGGACAUGGACUGGCGGCCGUCGUCGUCGUCGUCGCUGCAAGGUGGGACGUUGAAUUGGAGGUUCAAAAAAUCUCGGUCGGCAAAUUCCGGGGGAGGUGGGGCUGGUCCUGAUUGGCUCACACCAUCAACAACUUCCCCCAACUUUGGUCCGAUUCUCCUUCCAUGUCUUCUGCAAGGAACCACAAUUAUUUGCUCCAACUUCUCAUCCCAGCUUUGAUUGGUGCUUUUCUUGAUGGUGAUGUUAUUGUUGUUGUCUGGUUUUGAGGCUUCAAGUGAGCCGGGCUGCCACAGGCUGCAUAGUCGCUCAACAGGAGACGUGAAGUUCUCACACCAACACCAAGGAAAUUGUUUGGUGGAACAGCUAGGUAAAGAGGGAGUUGGCAAGUGCAGUCCCCCAGGGCGGGCUCAAAGUGAGGGAUAUCUCUCUUCUGAAGCCCACAAAUAUGGCUUCCAUCUGAUCCUUUAGCUCACCGGACAAUAACGAGGAGCUGAGGUUGAUCGGUCCAUAAGUCAUCUGCCAGGCUGACCAGCAACAGCGAGAACACACGACGGGUCAUAAGUGAUACAGGUCAGACCAGACCUCAUGAAAUUGCAUGAUGGCAUGAACGGCGGAAUUUCUGUGCUCUCCUGUGUAUUGCGAGCAUGGGCAACCACUGGGUUUCUUCCUCUGCUGUCCUCGGCCUGCUCCAGCGAGUCUGGUGGGCACUCUGCCCGCAACCUCUGCGCAGUGGUUGCCAAAGCAAGUCUGUGUUGAAGGCGAGAGCCUCGUCGUCCUGUUUUUAAUCCGCAACUAGGGUACCAAUUUUGGCACCACAGUUUCCAUCGAACAGUAUCGACCACACUAUCGACUGGCCAUUAGUUGAUGGCAUACCCUCCUCUCCCCUAGCCAUACCAACUCGACGACCCAAUACGAUCACCAUGAUUAUGGCCACGCUGCCCCGGCAGCUUCUCUUCCUGCUUCUCGUCACCUCGGUCAAAAUUUCAAUCUCGGCGGACUGCUACUACAUGAACCGGGAGAAAACGACUGAACUUACGCGAUGCAGCAACGAUGCAAAUCCCAAGAUCGAGAGCACCCUGUGCUGUAUGCCAGGGGAUAGCUGCAUGGUCAACUCGCUCUGCCUACGUGAGAAAAAGGACGGGGUUAAGCACUACUACCGUGGCGGCUGCACCAUCAAAGACUGGAAGGGAAAGAGUCUCUAUGACUGCCCACCCAUACUUUGCAAACCCGCUAGGUUAGCUGGAAUGUACCCCUGCAAUACUUCGAAUCCGGACACAGGCUUUGUCUGUCAAGAAGCUUUUCCCGACGGUCCUCCUGACCAUUGCGACAGCUCCGUAACCUUUGAUGGUGGCUUAGAGAACUUCCUUGGCACCGCCAGCCCACUAUCAUCCCCGAGCACGUCAGUCAAAGAUUCGACGUCCGCUUCGAAGCCCUCUGAGACUGAAGGCAAAGGUGAUCCGGUAAAGACAUCCCAGGACACGGCCGACAUGUCCCUGGCUCAUACAGCUACCCGACCGGCGCCGGGCAUUUCUGAUGUCCCUGUCACCACAACCGUAACUGAGCCGACCGGAACGUCUAAUAUCUCGGUUUCGACAGCUUCAGGAGAGUCGACGGCUUCAGUAGAGUCAACUGCUGCACCACCCCCAUCCUCAUCGGAAAAGCCCCAGCAGGACAACAGCGCCGUACCCGUCGGCGUUGGCAUAGGAGUCGGUCUCGCAGUUACCAUCGCGGGAGGAUUUCUCGUUUUCUUUUACAUCCGCAAGCGACAGCGGGAAGCGCCCAUCCGGGCCGAAACCCCUCCUCCGCUGGACCCCAGCAUCCAAAAGCCAGACAACAACUACUACCCGUUUGCUCCUUACCCUUCAGCAACUCAGCAGGGUUCCCUGUCAAGCCGAAAUGGCGACUACUUCCGCCAGCCAAAAAUACCAUAUGUGAUGGAAACUGCGGCUGCCCCUCAGCAGGACAAUGUAUACCCGGGUCAGCCUCGAUACCAGCCACCCAAACGGACGUUCAGCCACGAGCUGCCGUGA